GGUUGACGCCUUCCACUCGGGAAGCCCAAGAUGGCCGGGCCAGGAACCCGGGAGGCUGCUGAUGUCUCAAUUCCCUUCGCCCUAGGCCUGCCCAAGGGAAGUCAGGAGCCGCGCCACGCCCCCUUACAUCACCGAUAGACGUAAUCCGGUUCGGCCGCAAACGUGCCGCAGGCCUAGGCCCCGCCCAGUGCCCCCCCACCCCCACAAGCGGGAUGGCCGAGCGCCGCACGCUUAGCCCGCCGGGACUAGCUAUCCAGCCUCCCAGCAGCCUCUGCGACGGGCGCGGUGCGUAAGUACCUCGCCGGCGGUAGCCGUUCUCCGUGAGAUGGCGGACCGCCGGCGGCAGCGCGCUUCUCAAGACACCGAGGACGAGGAAUCUGGUGCUUCGGGCUCAGACAGCGGCGGCUCCCCGUUGCGGGGAGGCGGGAGCUGCAGCGGUAGCGCCGGAGGCGGCGGCAGCGGCUCUCUGCCUUCACAGCGCGGAGGCCGAAUCGGGGCCCUUCAUCUGCGGCGGGUGGAGAGCGGGGGCGCCAAGAGCGCUGAGGAGUCGGAGUGUGAGAGUGAAGAUGGCAUUGAAGGUGAUGCUGUUCUCUCGGAUUAUGAAAGUGCAGAAGACUCGGAAGGUGAAGAAGGUGAAUACAGUGAAGAGGAAAACUCCAAAGUAGAGCUGAAAUCAGAAGCUAAUGAUGCUGUUAAUGCUUCAACAAAAGAAGAGAAGGGAGAAGAAAAGCCUGACACCAAAAGCACUGUGACUGGAGAGAGGCAAAGUGGGGACGGACAGGAGAGCACAGAGCCUGUGGAGAACAAAGUGGGUAAAAAGGGCCCUAAGCAUUUGGAUGAUGAUGAAGAUCGGAAGAAUCCAGCAUACAUACCUCGGAAAGGGCUCUUCUUUGAGCAUGAUCUUCGAGGGCAAACUCAGGAGGAGGAAGUCAGACCCAAGGGGCGUCAGCGAAAGCUGUGGAAGGAUGAGGGUCGCUGGGAGCAUGACAAGUUCCGGGAAGAUGAGCAGGCCCCAAAGUCCCGACAGGAGCUCAUUGCUCUUUAUGGUUAUGACAUUCGCUCAGCUCACAAUCCUGAUGACAUCAAACCCCGAAGAAUCCGGAAACCCCGAUAUGGGAGUUCUCCACAAAGAGAUCCAAACUGGAACGGUGAGCGGCUAAACAAGUCUCAUCGCCACCAGGGUCUUGGGGGCACCCUACCACCAAGGACAUUUAUUAACAGGAAUGCUGCAGGUACUGGCCGUAUGUCUGCACCCAGGAAUUAUUCUCGAUCCGGGGGCUUCAAGGAAGGUCGUGCUGGUUUUAGGCCUGUGGAAGCUGGUGGGCAACAUGGUGGCCGGUCUGGUGAGACUGUUAAGCAUGAGAUUAGUUACCGGUCACGGCGCCUAGAGCAGACUCCUGUGAGGGAUCCAUCUCCAGAAGCAGAUGCUCCAGUGCUUGGCAGUCCUGAGAAGGAAGAGGCAGCCUCAGAGACAUCAGCUGCUGCUCCUGAUACUGCACCACCACCCCCUGACAGGCCCAUUGAGAAGAAAUCCUAUUCCCGGGCAAGAAGAACCCGAACCAAAGUUGGAGAUGCAGUCAAGCUUGCAGAGGAGGUGCCCCCUCCUCCUGAAGGACUGAUUCCAGCACCUCCAGUCCCAGAAACCACCCCAACUCCACCUACUAAGACUGGGAACUGGGAAGCUCCAGUGGAAUCUACUACAAGUGGACUUGAGCAAGAUGUGGCACAACUAAAUAUAGCAGAACAGAAUUGGAGUCCGGGGCAGCCUUCUUUCCUGCAACCACGGGAACUUCGAGGUAUGCCCAACCAUAUACACAUGGGAGCAGGACCUCCACCUCAGUUUAACCGGAUGGAAGAAAUGGGUGUCCAGAGUGGUCGAGCCAAACGCUAUUCAUCCCAGCGGCAAAGACCUGUGCCAGAGCCCCCCGCCCCUCCAGUGCAUAUCAGUAUCAUGGAGGGACAUUACUAUGAUCCACUGCAGUUCCAGGGACCAGUCUAUACCCAUGGUGACAGCUCUGCCCCGCUGCCUCCACAGGGCAUGCUUGUGCAGCCAGAAAUGCACCUUCCCCACCCAGGUUUACAUCCCCACCAGACACCAGCUCCUCUGCCCAAUCCAGGCCUCUAUCCCCCACCAGUGUCCAUGUCUCCAGGACAGCCACCACCUCAGCAGUUGCUUGCUCCUACUUACUUUUCUGCUCCAGGCGUCAUGAACUUUGGUAAUCCCAGUUACCCUUAUGCUCCAGGGCCACUUCCUCCCCCACCGCCGCAUCUAUAUCCUAAUACACAGGCCCCAUCACAGGUAUAUGGAGGAGUGACCUACUAUAACCCCGCCCAGCAGCAGGUGCAACCAAAGCCCUCCCCACCCCGGAGGACUCCCCAGCCAGUCACCAUCAAGCCCCCUCCACCUGAGGUUGUAAGCAGGGGUUCCAGUUAAUACGAGUUUCUGAAUAUUUUAAAUCUUAACAUCAUAUAAAAAACAGCAGAGGUGAGAACUCAGAAGAGAAAUACAGCUGGCUAUCUACUACCAGAAGGGCUUCAAAGAUAUAGGGUGUGGCUCCUACCAGCAAACAGCUGAAAGAGGAGGACCCUCUGCCUUCCUCUGAGGACAGGCUCUGGAGAGAGGGAGAAACAAGUGGACCUCGUCCCAUCUUCACUCUUCACUUGAGUUGGCUGUGUUCGGGGGAGCAGAGAGAGCCAGACAGCCCCAAGCUUCUGAGUCUAGAUCCAGAAGCCCAUGUCUUCUGCUGUUCUUCACUUCUUCUGGGAAAUUGAGGUGUCUUCUGUUCCCAAGGAAGCUCCUUCCUGUUUGUUUUGUUUUCUAAGAUGUUCAUUUUUAAAGCCUGGCUUCUUAUCCUUAAUAUUAUUUUAAUUUUUUUUCUUUGUCUCUGUUUCUUGCUCUCUCUCUCCCUGCCUUUAAAUGAAACAAGUCCAUUCUUCUGGUUUUCUACCCUCUCUGGAUUCCCUUUUGACUCUUCCCUGCAUCCCAGAUAAUGGAGAAUAUAUCAGCCAGCCUUCCCCACCAAGUCUAAAAAGACCUGGCCUUUCACUUUUAGUUGGCAUUUGUUAUCCUCUUGUAUACUUGCAUUCCCUUAACUCUAACCCUGUGGAAACAUGGCUGUCUGCACAGAGGGUCCCAUUGUGCAGAAAAGCUCAGAGUAGGUGGGUAGGAGCCCUUCUCUUUGACUUAGGUUUUUAGGAGUCUGAGCAUCCAUCAAUACCUGUACUAUGAUGGGCUUCUGUUCUCUGCUGAGGGCAAAUACCCUACUGUGGGGAGAGAUGGCAAACCAGAUGCUUUUGUGAGAAAGGGAUGGUGGAGUGAGAGCCUUUGCCUUUAGGGGUGUGUAUUCACAUAGUCCUCAGGGCUCAGUCUUUUGAGGUAAGUGGAAUUAGAGGGCCUUGCUUCUCUUCUUUCCAUUCUUCUUGCUACACCCCCUUUCCAGUUGCUGUGGACCAAUGCAUUUCUUUAAAGGCAAAUAUUAUCCAGCAAGCAGUCUACCCUGUCCUUUGCAAUUGCUCUUCUCCACAUCUUUCCUGCUACAAGUGUUUUAGAUGUUACUACCUUAUUUUCCCUGAAUUCUAUUUUUGUCCUUGCAAACAGAAGAUAAAAACUCCUGGGCUUAAGGCCUAAGGAAGCCAGUCACCUUCUGGGCAAGGGCUCCUAUCUUUCCUCCCUAUCCAUGGCACUAAACCACGUCUCUGCUGCCUCUGUGGAAGAAAUUCCUGUUACUGCAGUACUUAUGUCUGCCAGGGGUAACCUGGCCACUGUCCCUGUCCUUCUACAGAACCUGAGGGCGAAGGUGGUGGCUGUGUCUCUCCCUGGUAAUGUCACUGUUUUUAUUCCUUCCAUCUAGCAGCUGGCCUAAUCACUCUGAGUCACAGGUGUGGGAUGGAGGGGAGGGGAGAGGCACUUAAUCUGUAACCCCCAAGGAGGAAAUAACUAAGAGAUUCUUCCAGGGGUAGCUGGUGGUUGUGCCUUUUGUAGGCUGUUCCCUUUGCCUUAAACCUGAAGAUGUCUCCUCAAGCCUGUGGGCAGCAUGCCCAGAUUCCUAGACCUUAAGACACUGUGAGAGUUGUCUCUGUUGGUCCACUGUGUUUAGUUGCAAGGAUUUUUCCAUGUGUGGUGGUGUUUUUUGUUACUGUUUUAAAGGGUGCCCAUUUGUGAUCAGCAUUGUGACUUGGAGAUAAUAAAUUUAGACUAUAAACUUGG